UAACCACCGAGCUGCUCAGUAGCUGCACAUUCUUUUACACAGAAGAAAAACGUAAACAGGAAGCGAUUCUCUGUGAUCGCGUAAAAACCAACGAACGAGAAUCAACGUCAUCACGUCGUCAAACUGGAAAACUGCUGAGUUAAAGUUAAAUCAAAGGAUUUCACCGCCGAGACUUUGACCUGUACGGAACCCGACAUGUCGCUGCAGGUGUGGUGUCUGUCGUUCCGGCAGCCAUACGCCGGUCUGAUCCUGGACGGGGUGAAGACGGUGGAGAGCCGCUGGAGGCCCCUGCUGGCCCCGCUGGAGAACCAGACUCUGGCGGUCCACAUCGCCCGGCGGGACUGGGAGGGGGAUGAGUGGCGGGCGGUGCUUAGCGGCCCCCUGGGGAUGAACGAGGCUCAGAUCCACGGGCUCCUGGAGUCCGGGGAGAGGUUCGGCCGCGGCGUGGUGGCAGGAUUGGUGGAUGUGGGCGGGACCUCGGUAUGUCCCGCCUCCAUGCUGGAGGAGGAGCUUCAGCACCUGGAGAGGUCGGCCAUUCUGGUUGGUCUGCAGGAGAAACACCUGACUCACCUGUCCAACCCUCGCUGGCUGAAAGAGCCUCUGAGCUCCCGAGGAGGUCGCGACCCCUGGACUGUAGAGAUCCCCACUGAGCUGUUACCGUGACGACACGUGAUGCACACAGGACGUCAGCUGAGAGGACGUCCUCCAUGUGGACCAGGAUGGAUGUGAAAUGACACUGUUAAAAGGACGUGGACACACGUGGCUCAGACCACCUCCGAGUGUGGUCUAGUGUGAUCACAUCUUUAUCGGAUCUGAGUGCGUUCACACCUGAACAUUCAUCCUCCUCAGAGAAAGAAGCAGGGUCUUCAACGUUCUUCAGGCCAAGGACCCCAAACUGAUGGAGAUGGAGCAGGGACCCCCGACUAUAUAUAUUGUAUACAAUUGUGUUUUAUAUUAAACUGGGCCUAGUGCCAUGUAUAAACAUA